CCAGAAGGCGGCGCGCUGACGUGUUUUGGCGCGCCUUGCCGAGCCUCUUUCGUCGUGCUUACGGGAGGAGACGGCGGUUGUAUAAUCUGAAGAAGCGCGGUGCAAAUGAAUUAGAUACAGGCGUUAAACAUAAAUAGAGAGAGAGAGACAGAGAGAAAGAAAAAGAAGCAAACCCGAGACGGGGAAUUCCGGAAUUGCUUUUUCCCCAGGUGUAAUUUUUUUAACGAAGCGAUGGCGACCCCGAGCCGCUCAGCCGCCGCUGCUCCCCGGCAAGGAGCCUCCAGCACCCCGCUGUCCCCGACCCGCAUCACCCGGCUGCAGGAGAAGGAGGAUCUGCGCCACCUGAACGACCGCCUGGCCGUCUACAUCGACCGAGUCCGGGCACUCGAGCUGGAAAACGACCGGCUCAUGGUUAAGGUUUCCGAGAAAGAACAAGUCACCACACGCGAGGUGACCGGGAUCAAGUCCCUGUAUGAAGGGGAGCUGGCCGAUGCCCGUCGUAUUUUGGACGAGACAGCCCGAGAGAGAGCCAGGUUGCAGAUUGACCUGGGGAAGGCCAGGUCUGAACUGGAGGAGGUCACCAAAAAUUACAAGAAGAAAGAUGGGGACCUGGCAGCCUCUCAGGCUAGGUUUAAAGAUCUCGAGUCUCUGUACAACAAGAGUGAAGCCAAGCUCAACGUUGCCCUUUGUGAGAGCCGCUCCCUGGGGGAGGAAGUGGCUGAUCUGAGGGCUCAGCUUGCCAAGGCGGAGGGUGCCCAUGAAGUGGCCAAGAAGCAGCUGGAAGCAGAGACCCUGCUGAGGGUGGAUCUGGAGAACCGCUGCCAGAGCCUGUCUGAGGAACUGGAGUUCCGCAAGAGCAUGUUUGAAGAGGAGGUGCGUGAGGUCCGGCACAGUCACGAGAAGCGCCUGGUGGAGGUGGACAGCGGACGGCAGGCUGAUUACGAGUACAAGCUGUCUGAGGCUCUGCAGGACCUGAGGAAGCAGCACGACGAGCAGGUGGCAAUCUACAAGCAGGAGCUGGAGAACACCUUCCAGUCCAAGCUGGGGAAUGCCAAGAUUAGCUCCGAGCAGAAUGACAAGGCUGUGUGCGCUGCCCGCGAGGAACUGCAGGAGGCGCACAUGAGGAUCGAGAGCCUGGGUUACCAGCUCUCCUCCCUGCAGAAACAGGUCAGUGCUGCGGAGGAGCGAGUCCAAGAGAUGGAGGACUUGCUGGCCACUGACCGGGACAAGUACCGCCGGCUGCUGGACUCCAAGGAGCGGGAGAUGGCGGAGAUGAGGGACCAGAUGCAGCAGCAGCUCGAUGAGUACCAGGGGCUGCUGGACAUCAAGCUGGCUCUGGACAUGGAGAUCAGUGCUUACCGCAAACUGCUGGAGGGAGAAGAGCACAGGCUGAAGCUGUCCCCCAGCCCCUCCUCCAGAGUGACAGUGUCUCGCGCCACCUCCAGCAGUCUCUCCAGUGCCACCCGCUCCUCCCGGGCCAAGCGGAAGAGGAUCGAGGUGGAGGAGUCCUCCGGCAGCAGCGGCAUAAGCAGUGGCGGCAGCAGCAGCGAGGGCAGCAACGUCCAGAUAUCUCAGAAAGCAGAGUCUUCCGGGGAAAUCAGCAUUGAAGAGAUCGACCUGGAGGGGAAGUCUGUGUGUGUCAAGAAUAACGGAGACAAGGAUCAGUCUCUUGGUGGUUGGAGACUCAAGAGGCAGAUUGGAGAUGCAGAUGAAAUUGCCUACAAAUUUACUCCUAAAUAUGUCCUCAAAGCUGGCCAGACUGUUACGAUCUGGAGUGCUGAGGCCGGGGUGUCUCACAGCCCCCCCUCCGACCUGCUGUGGAAGAGCCAGAACUCCUGGGGCACUGGAGACAACAUCCGCACUUACCUGGUGAACUCUGAUGGACAGGAAGUUGCAGUGAGGACUGUAACUAAGUCCAUCGUAGAAGUGGAGUAUGAAGAUGACGAGGAGGCAGGCUAUGGAGAAGAGGAUCUUUUCCACCAGCAGGUUGGUAGUGUUGUCGGAAGGCAGUGGAGAGGCGGUUACACAUCACUGCUGGCCCAUGUGCUGGUGCUGGAAAACGGGGGGGGGGGGGGGGUGUAGGAAAGCUACUAAGCUUAAGCCCAACUAACUAAACAGAAUAGUGAUGGGAUUGGGAUACAGUGGCUAAGCUUGACAACGUGUUUAUGGUUUGAUAGGUCUGUUAACUUUUGAAAUACAAU